AGAGAGAGAGAGAGAGAGAGAGAGAGAGAGAGAUUCAGUCUGUGCCAAUUUUCUCCUCAGCUCCAGUGAUAGAGAGGCAGAGCUGGGGAAGUGAUAUUUCAGGAAUCUUAAGAGAUCAACAAACGUGUGAGACUGAGAGGAAGAAGAAGAGAAAAAGCAACCCGGCAUGUGAAGAAUACCCGACAACAAAUGGAGAAAGCAAGAAACGACAGAGAGAGAGGGAGAGGUUGUGCUUCUGUUGCGUGAUCGCCGCAAGCUAUGAGUCCUCUACGUGUGGUCGGGACGUGAGAUUGAUGGUGUGACAGUAAAGACCGUCGUCGAGCUCCAGCCAUCGUUCUGUCCCUGAUCUACCACUGCAAUUAAAGUCUCACAUAAAGGAAGUCUUGGUAAAGCAGAGAAUCCACAAGCUCAACAAUGAGAAGAUACACAUUUCAGCUUUUGAUUUCUGUCUGAAGCCAUUGUACAAGUCUGUCAACAAAAUAAUCCUUCUUUAAUUGGUUACCACAUUACGAAUGAUGACACUGAACCAUCUGUCCUACAUUCAUAAUUUGCUCACACACCUUGAAACUGUUAAAAACACAACUUUACUCACAUCCCUGCUCCAAAUGAUUCACCCUGCAUCCCCAUAACACACUCCGUCCUCACCUUGUCUGAAUCAGCCCCUGUGACCUGUGAGGAUUAUGAGGCCGGCUUUAGUGCUCCUACAGUCACAUUGCCUCUUGUGUGUGUUCGGUGCUGUGGUUGUGCCCGUUGUCCUGGGCUCACUGCCUCCUGCACUGCCAUGGCACGUCUCCUGCCCGGUCAGGUGUGUGUGUCAGAUCAAGCCAUGGUUCUCCCCUGAUUCUGUGUACCAUGAAGCUCCCACCGUGGACUGCAGUGAUCUGCUGUUGACCAAGCUCCCCUUACCCAUACCUGAGAACACACACACCCUGCGCCUGCAGAGCAACCUCCUGUCAGGACUGGACACUGCAGUGCUGCAUGGACUCCCCAAUCUCACCGACCUCGACGUCUCCCAGAAUCGCUUCAGUCAUGUCAGGACCAUAACCCAGAGCUCCUCCCUGCUCUCCCUGCUGUCCCUACACCUGGAGGAAAACCAUCUCAGCCACCUCCCUGAGGAUUCUUUCUUGUCACUGCCAGCUUUGCAGGAGCUCUUUCUCAGCCACAACAAUUUACAUUCGAUAGCACCUGGAGCCUUCACUGGUCUGGACUCGCUUCUUCGUCUUCAUAUCAACAACAACAGGCUCACCACUGUUGAUCCUCAGUGGUUCAAGGCUUUGCCUCGCUUGGAAGUUCUUAUGCUUGGGGGAAACCCUGUGGAGGCCCUGCCUGAACGAGGCUUCAUCGCCCUAAAAUCCCUCCGAAGUCUUGUCCUUGGUGGUAUGGGUCUGAGGGGUUUGGCUGAAAAAGCCCUGGAAGGGCUGGAAGGCCUAGAGAGCCUCUCAUUCUACGAUAACCUUCUGACCAAAGUUCCAACUCAGGCCCUGAGGAGAGUGCCAGGACUAAAGUUCCUCGACCUCAACAAGAACCGAAUCAAACUGAUAGAGACAGGAGACUUCCAAGAUAUGAUCCACCUGAAGGAGCUCGGUCUGAACAAUAUGGAGGAGCUGGUGUCCAUUGAGAGAGCUGCCCUGGAGAACCUUCCAGAGCUCACCAAGCUGGAGAUCACCAACAACCCACGUCUGUCCUACAUUCAUCCACAGGCUUUCCUCCAGCUGAGCAGGUUGGAGAGUCUAAUGCUCAACUCCAACUCCCUCAGUGCCCUGCAUCAGCACAUCAUGCUCUCCCUGCCCAGUCUUCAGGAGGUCAGCUUACACUCCAACCCACUGCGAUGUGACUGCCUGUUUCACUGGGCAGCCAAGCAGACUGCUCAUCCUCACAUUGAGAAAACCAUUCAAACGGAGACACAAACGGCUCGGGUGGUGCGCUUCAUCCAACCCCAGGCAACCUUAUGUUCUGAACCACCAGAACUGAGAGCUCGCAGGGUGAGAGACGUGACCUCAGGAGAGAUGUCGGCCUCCUGCCUCCCCAUGAUUCCUGUCAGCUCCCUGCCUUCCUAUGUAGGGGUGCGAGAAGGGGGAAAACUGGUUUUGCACUGCCGAGCUCUUGCAGAUCCACCACCUGAACUGUACUGGGUGACUCCCUCUGGCCUGAAACUUAGUCCUCCAUCCAAAGGGUCGCCGGUUCCCACCUCCUGCAAGAGCCUGACAUCUGAAGGAAUCAACCACACGUCUGCCUCCAGUGCUCCAGAUGAUACUGCCUGUCAACCCUUCAAACACUACCAGGUACUGCCUGAGGGAACUCUAGAAAUCAGCAAGAUCACCCCCAGAGAGGCAGGGUUGUAUACCUGUGUGGCUGAGAAUGCACUGGGAGCAGAUACACGUAGUGUUACUGUGGGUGUACAUGACAGAAUAAAAAAAAGGAAGAGGGGUGCGGCUGCUAAUCUGAAGAAAUUUUUGCAAUUCAGAGCCGAUGCCAGGUUGGAGGUGAGAGAGGUUGGGGAACACUUUGCUAUUUUGUCCUGGCAGAGCGGCCACAACCUGCCUUCAACCCGUCUAUCCUGGCAGGCCAUAUACUCGAACGUCCACACACCCACGUACACCACACGCAUCCUUGCUGGUACGCAGAGCUUCAACCUGACUCACCUGCAGGCAGAGACGUUUUACAGAGUGUGUCUGCAUUUAGGGAGCGGUGAGGUCACCAAACAUGCCAGCAGGAGCUUAGGAGGGAGCAAAAAGCCUCAGUGUGUUUCAUUCAGGACAAAGGAUGUCCCAGAGCCUCAGCCCAGCCUGCAGCUCAACCCACAGCUGACCUCCACAGCAGUCACACUACUGCUCCUCGCACUCAUACUGCUGCUGGCAGGUCAGGGCUGGGACACCGAGCCGGGCGAAGGGACAGGAAAGCAUCACAUGACCCUCCAUCAGGACAUCCAGCGUCCCAAGGCUGUGAUCAUCAAUCAAAAGACAAAAGGAAGAGACGGACACGAGCCAAAUCUGAGUGAGAAACUGCUAUUACAUCAGGACUGCUGAGAUAAUUGUGCACAUUCAAAUGCAGACAAGGAACACUGACACACAUACAUACAUGCAAAAUGUCAAAUGUACACUUUGUUAAUCACACCAAGAAGAGGGGAAUCAUAGAUGACAGUGGUGGUGUAGAAAGAGAUUUGUAUUUAUUUUAUAUACAGUAUAAAGUAUAUAUUGACAUUGUUUCUGUGUUAAGAUGUGUUGUACAGAAUGCCUAACCCCUAACCAGGGAAAUAAAACUGGACAAUCAGACUCCUGCUGCACAGUGAGCGAACACAGGAGAAACAACUGAGCUGCCGAUGAUCACUGGACUGAAACUGAAGAGAGCCCGAGUCAAUCCAAGGACAGAUAUUUACAGAGGUGAGCAGCUCAGACCUCCAGGGUUUUGUCAUGUUUACUGUCUACAUGUUCCACAGACUGAACCAUACUUUCUCCAAGCAGAUGGAAGUCUGUCUUUAGACUGAAACUGAAUGAAACAUCUGCUUGUUUGGACUCUGUAAGUCAAAGUGAUUGAUGUAAACAACCCCUUUGCUUAGCUUUCAGUACGUUGGACUGGGUUAUCCAUCUUGCAGAACAUACACGGUAUUCUCAUUCAGAUUCCCCACCUAACGUCCCACAUCCUGUUUCAAAAAUAAAAGUGAUCUUAAGUGAUUGUGUUAAAUUCUAUUUUGAGCUAUAUACAAUAAAAUCUUUUUCAUUUC